UCCUCCCCCUCCCCCACCGCUCAGACUCCGCACAGCUCUUCUUCUGCCGGCGGAACAUUGCUCGGACAGCGGGUGCCGUUUGGCGCAGUAUUGAGUUUCACCGGUGAUAAAGGCGCGUCCAGUAAUUUAUUUAUCGUUCGUAUUUGUGCUCGUUUUUAUUUAACAUAGUUUCCCCGUCGACCAUCCACGAUGAGCUCAAUCAACGUGAAGAAGCUGAAAGUCAACGAGCUGAAGGACGAGCUGAAAAAGCGCGAUCUGUCGGACAAGGGGCUGAAGGCCGAGCUGAUGGACCGCCUGCAGGCCGCGCUGGACGAGGAGGCCCUGGCCGGGAACUCCCCGCUGGACCAGGAGGCCGCGUCGGACGAGGGUCUCGGCCAGGCCGCCGACCAGGAGUGCAUGGGAGAGGAGGAGGAGGGCGAGGGCCCGGUAGAAGAAAGCAUGGAGGCCAACGAAGAUGAUGAGGAGGAGGAGGAGGAAGAAGAAGAGGAGGAGGUGGCGGCGGCGGCGGCAGCGGAGGAGACGACGACGGAGGCGGCGGCGGCGGAGGAGGAAAACGAGCCAGAGAACGGAGGCGACGGGGACGCCGUCGCCGAGGACGACGAAAUGGGUGAAGGGGAUGAGGACGGGGGCGACGACGACGACGAGAUGGACCCCAUGCUCAAGGGAGACGUGGACGACAUGGAGAAAAUAGAGGCAGAUGACGGUGAGCCCGGGGACCAGGCUGCUGAGGGGGAUGCGGACAAAGACACGAAUGCUGAUCAGAAGAAUAAGAAGGGUGUUAAGAGACGCCGGGAGGAACAUGGAAGGGGCUACUUUGAAUUUAUUGAAGAGAACAAAUACAGCUGGGCUUCAUUUAAGUCUCCUGUGCCGCCUCUGGAGGAGGAAGAUGAGGAGUUUGAUGACACCAAAGUCGUCCUGGAUACCUACAACUGUGACCUGCACUUUAAAGUGUCGCGGGACCGUUAUAGUGCAUCAUCUCUCACCAUGGAGAGUUUUGCUUACCUCUGGUCCGGAGGUAAGGCCACCUAUGGUGUGAACAAAGGCAAAGCCUGCUUCGAGAUGAAGAUUACAGAGAAAAUUCCCGUGAAGCACAUUUCCAGCAAGAACAUGGAGAUCCACGACGUGCAGGUUGGCUGGUCCCUGUCUACUGGCACACUGCUCUUGGGUGAGGAGCAGCAUUCGUACGCCUACUCUGGGAAAGGCAAGAAGACCACCAACUGUGUGACAGAGGACUUUGGAGAGACUUACGAGGAGAACGAUGUCAUCUGCUGCCUUAUUGACUUUGAGGGCGACGAGGUGGCAAUGUCCUUCGCCAAGAACGGCGGGGAUCCUGUCGAGGCAUUUAACAUCAAAGUGGACACUCUGAACGGCGAGGCCCUCUUCCCCCACGUCAUCUGCCACAACUGUGCCGUGGAGUUCAACUUUGGACAGAUGGAGACUCCGUACUUCCCCCAGCCCCAGGGCUACACCUUCCUGCAGCAGAUCCCCGUCGACGAGCGUGUCCGGGGCCUCAAGGGGCCACAGACAAAGGCAGACUGCGAGAUCGUAGUGAUGGUGGGUCUGCCAGGCUCAGGGAAGACAACAUGGGUGCAGAAUCACGUCCAGGAGAACCCUGGGAAAUACUACAUCCUUGGCAGUGACACAAUUGUGGACAAGAUGAUGAUCAACAGCCUAAAGCGCCAGUCGAAGGACAUUACCAAACUGACCGCCAUCUCCCAGCGAGCGCCACUGUUCUUGGGCAAGUUCAUCGAGAUUGCUGCCCGCAAGAAGAGAAACUAUAUCCUGGAUCAUACCAACCUCUCUGCCCCUGGCCAGAAGAGGAAGAUGUGUCUGUUUGCAGGCUUCCAGCGUAAGGCUGUGGUGGUCUGCCCCUCCGACGACGACUUCAAGCAGAGAGUCCAGAAGAAGGUCGAGGGUGAUGGCAAAGAAGUGCCUGAGCACGCUCUUCUCAAAAUGAAAGGCUUCUACUCCCUGCCCGAAGAAGGCGAGAGCUUCAGCGAGGUCAUCUAUGCCGAGAUGCAGAAAGAGGAGUCCGCCAAGCUGCUGGAACAAUACAAGGAGGAAAGCAAGACCGCUCUGCCCGCUGAAAAGAAACCCAACCAGGGCAGCACCACUCCCAAAAGAGGUGGCGGUCUGCGUGGCGGCGGCCGGGGGGGCAAAAACCAGUUUGGUCGCGGCAGUGGACCUGGACAGAGAGGCGGCGGCCGUGGAGGUUUCCAGAACAGAGGGAACUUUAGAGGAGCUCCUGGUCCCCGUGGUGGCUACAACCGCCCACCCCGAGGCUUCCUGCCUCCCCCAGCCUUCAGGGGAGGAUUCCCCAACCGUGGAAACUUCAACAGGGGCGGCGGCCCCAUCCACAGCCUGGGCGGAUCCCCCCGGGGCGGCCCGAUGAGGGGCAACAUGGGCCCCAGAGGAGGACCCAUGAGCCGAGGCGGCCCAAUGAACAGAGGGAACAUGAGCAGAGGAGGAGGAGGAGGAGGAGGUGGCGGCGGCAGCGGCAUGAGCCGCGGUGGAAACAGGGGACAUCCCAACCAGUUUCAGCAGAGAGGUGGUAACCGUGGCAACUAUGGCAACAAGAAUGGCAACUUUGGCAACAACAGGAACAGCGGCAACUUUGGCGGCAACAGGAACGGCAUGGACAAGGCCCAGGCCUUCAACCAGAGCUGGCAGCAAGGGUUCUGGAACCAGAAGCCGUGGAGUCAGCAGUACCAGCCUGGAUAUUACUAAGACACUUGUUCUAACGGACUGAUGGCCGACACGGAGACCCCACCUCUUGCCACGGAACAUCCCUCCACCUCGCCGUCUGAACUUUAUUUUUUAUUUUUAUCAUCAUUAAUUUUUUUCUUAUCCUACACCCCCCCACUGUUAUUAAUCUAAAAGUGACUACCGAGACUAAAGAGAUAUGGAGCAACAACAUUCCACAUCAGAGAGGAGAGUGAUCGAAGCUUUAUAUAUACACAUAUAUACAUAUUUAUAUAUAUAUAUAUAAAUACACAUAUACAUUGUGGGUUCAGUCUCUCCUUCAGUCAUGCUAUAUUUUUGCUUUUCCUUUGGUGUAUAUUUCAUUUAUCUUUUUCACCACUUUUAACUGGCGUGCUUUUAAAAGAAACAUGCAUUAUCAGGAACAGGAAACAUUUUGCCCGCCCAGCAGAUAUUAAGCAAGAUUUUUUUUGUUGUUGUUGUUGUUUUUUCUUCAGGGUCGUGCAUUUUAUCUGUGCUGUGAUUCAUUUUUAGUUUUUUGCUCUCCUUUUUUUAUUACAAAUUGUAAAUAUAUUUUUUUUGUUUUCCAUAGUUUGUAUGAGAAGUUUAAGAAAUGGUUAUGAUGGAAAAGGAAUCUUAGCCUCUUGGCAGGAGGCACGGUAGCCAAGUAUGUUGUUUGACUGUACAUGUCGAGAGAGUCCACUGUCAAACAGUCGAACUGAAGCAGCAGAUUAAUUCCAGUAACGUUUUUUUGUCUUUUGUUCCCACUAUCAAACCUGUAACCUAAACUCCGUAGACCUACAAUAAACGACUCGUUGGCUUUUUUACAUUC